GGUUUCCUCGAGCAUUUUCGAGUUUGCGCUGGAGGUGGCCCUCCAAGAGGCCGGAGACGGGAACGGGAAUGUCUUCACCAACAUGCGCCUCCUCCGAAUCCUACGCAUCGGUCGCAUCACUCGCGCAAUACGAAUAGUGAGGUUGGUGAAGUUCAUCCGCUCCCUGCGGUCGCUGCUCUACUCCAUCGGCCACACUUUGAGAGCCAUGGUGUGGUCGGUGGUGCUGCUGGCGCUCAUCAUCUUCUUGUUCGGCUUGAUUUUCACCGACAUCACGUCUGAGUACCUGGCGCGAGAUGCCCAUGAGCGUACGGAGGUUACGGAAGGUUUCCUGAAGAGCCGUUUCGGUGGCCUUCAAGCCUCGAUGCACACGCUCUAUGCUUCGAUCACAGGAGGCCUCACUUGGAUCGAGGCCCGGGAUGCCCUCGCGGAGAUCUCCGACAUUUGGGGCACCUCGGAGCUCGUUUGGACCAUUGAU